AUGAGACGACUCCACCGUCUUCCUCAGGAGCAUGUAUUGAUGCAUCUCUUACAAUCUCAUCUAGAGGAAAGUUAUAUUCCUAAGAAAGUUUUGGCAGCUAUUCCCAUUGAUGUUGAUCAAAGUUGUAUUUGGCAGAAAUUGGAAUCUGAGUUUGAUCCUAGGCUAUUACCCGCACUUUGGCUCCAUGAUUUGGGACUUUCACUAGAUUGUAAUAAUAACAUUAUCAAUAAUGGUGGCAGUCUAGUGGAGAACUCUUUAAGUCUCCGUUUUAGUUGGAAGUCGUUCUUGGGUAUUUCUCAUCUACUUUCUAACGAUGUCGAGUUGAAGUCUUUGAGUCUUAUGCGUGUGUUGGAAGAUUUACCUCAAUAUCUGGUACAAAGAUUUGUGGGACUUAAUUAUUUAUACCAUUCUGCUCCACCUCCAAAGCAAAUUGGGUUUCUAUUUCACGACUCGCCAACGUUUUACGUUCCUGUAGAUCAAGAAGUCUCUCAAGAUGAGUUGGAGUUAGAAAGACUAGUGAGUAACUAUAUCUCUCACGCUGAAGACGGGGAAUUUUCUAGCAUUCUGAUUACCAAACAGACCGCAAGAUUCCAAUAUAUCUUUAACAGAUCUCCACAACAGUCUUUCUGGAGAAAGGAAGAAUCAACAACAUUCUUCGACAGUCUUGAUGAAGUCCCCUUAACGAAAGAAGAUUUUGAAUUUGACUUCAAUUCAUUUUUGAGUCAGCCACAUGGGACCCCUCUGGACAAAGAAUUGGCUGCAACUAUUGUGGAAAAUUUACACCAGACACCCAACUUCACAAAAUAUUUCCAUGAAGCUAAAUGCAUUGGUUCCAACCAUGGUGAUCAUUAUGACUGGCGAUUUUUCAAGCAGCUACAGUACUCAGAGUAUGAAAAACGAACUGUUUUUCAUAUGCUUGUACGGGCAUGGUUACAGUUUGCUAGAAAUUCUGGCUUAAAGACUUGGCUAGCUCAUGGAACUUUAUUAGGAUGGUAUUGGAAUGGGUUAGCCUUACCUUGGGAUGCUGAUGUUGAUGUCCAGGUUAGCAUGUCCUCCUUAGUAACACUUGCUAAAGAAUUCAAUCAAACCUUGGUUAUCGAUACAAGUUCGUUAGAUCUUGACCAAGGCAUUCGAUCAUAUUUUUUAGAUGUUUCUCCAAGUUUCUUCAGUAGAAACAUGGGAAAUGGGGCCAACACUAUUGAUGCUCGCUUUAUUGAUACUAAAACAGGAUUCUAUAUUGAUAUAACAGCGUUAUCGUUUACCAAUGAUUCCAAUUCAUUUGAGUUUGAUGGAACUUCUGGAAAGGGAAAGGAAUUAAUAAGAAUGUUGGACCCUAAUGAGAGGAACCUAGCUCAUACAUUCAGUAUGGAUAAAGAGAAUGUCCGUGACAUACUAAAAGGCCUUAGAGAGCAUUAUAUCAAUAACAGAACCAUAUUCAAUUGUCGCAAUGAUCACUUUUAUUCCUUACAAGAAUUGCAUCCACUCAAGUUUACUUGUUUUGAAGGCGUUGAAGCACUUGUUCCUCUGGGAUAUCAUAGGAUUCUUGCUCGGGAAUAUCCCAAAGGCUUGACUAGUAAGUUCCACGAAUGGCACAGUUUCAAACCCUUUUUGAACUUAUGGGUUCCAUACAGGGUGUGCAAGAAAGAUAACUAUGGGAACCGAUGUUUUGAUAAGGAAACCCUUUUAGAGUUAAAGUACAUGAGGCAAAUAAUAGAAGCACAUAAGCUACAGAAUGUUGCCAACUCGCAGAGGCAAUUGAGAAAUGGCUUCAAGGAUGAAGAAACUAUUCGAGAACUCAAAUUAUCAACCUUUCGAAUGGACCCAUGGGUUAUUCGAAGGAGUCAUAUUAUACGUGAUUUGAUAUCAGCGCAAUAA